CGGACGGGACGUGCAUGACCGCGGCGCCAGUGGGCGGCGUGCAGAUGUGGGCCAAGCCGCUUUCGAGCGCGCGGGUGGCCAUCUUCCUCCUGAACCCGCUCGCCGCGCCGCAGGCGCUCGACUGGCCGCUCGCGGACGUCCCGCGCUUCCCGGACCUGGCUCUCGACUGCGCCGCGGCGGGCUGCGCCGUGCGGGACGUAUGGGCCCAGCAGGACCUGCGGGACCUGGGCGUGUCGACGGGCACCAUCCGCGUCGCGCUCGCGCCCUGGGCGAGCGCGUUCUACACCAUCAGUGCGGGCGAGGCCGACGAGCCAGGCGAGCUUCUGGUCACCCAGGCUCUGGAGCAGGCGAAGCAGCAGAGGCUCGACAACAACCCGCUCACCGGCGUGCCUUACACCCGACGGUUCUACGAGCUGCUGGAGGCGAGGCAGAAGCUCCCCGCGUGGGCGGCGCGGGAGGACUUCCUGAGGCUGGUCCACUCGAACCAGGUCACCAUCUUGGUGGGCAGCCCCGGCUCAGGCAAGAGCACGCAGGUGCCGCAGAUCCUACUGGACGCGGGCUACCACGUGCUCGGCGGCCGCAUCAAG